AGCAGUAGCACAGCAGCAUAGCUGAAAACCCUAGCUAGCGAUAUAUACAUACAAAACUUAUAUCUAUACAUAUUGUAUGUAUUUUAUUUUUUAUUUUAUGAUAAAAUUAUUGUAAAUUGGUUUAUCAAUGUCUUCACUAAGUAGAGAAUUAGUGUUUCUUAUACUUCAAUUUCUCGAAGAAGAGAAGUUUAAGGACGCCGUACACAGGCUUGAGCAAGAGUCUGGGUUUUACUUUAAUGUUAAGUAUUUUGAGGAGAAAGUUCAUGCCGGUGAAUGGGAUGAAGUGGAGAAAUACCUAUCUGGGUAUACAAAGGUUGAUGAUAAUAGGUACUCUAUGAAGAUUUUCUUUGAAAUCAGGAAACAGAAGUAUCUGGAAGCUCUGGAUAGGAAUGAUAAGUCAAAGGCCGUGGAGAUAUUGGUGACUGAUUUGAAAGUUUUCUCGACAUUUAAUGAAGAUUUAUACAAGGAAAUUACACAGCUGUUGACACUUACCAAUUUCAGGGAAAAUGAGCAGCUAUCCAAGUAUGGUGAUACUAAAACAGCUCGUAGCAUAAUGUUGGUUGAGCUUAAAAAGCUAAUAGAAGCAAAUCCCCUUUUCCGUGAGAAGCUUGUUUUCCCUACCUUAAAGUCAUCAAGAUUGAGGACACUGAUUAACCAAAGUUUAAAUUGGCAGCAUCAGCUGUGUAAGAAUCCAAGGCCAAACCCGGAUAUCAAGACUUUGUUCGCAGACCAUACAUGCACACCUCCAAAUGGUGCUAUUGGACCUACACCUGUCAAUCUUCCACCUGGCGCAGUCACGAAACCCAUGGCUUAUACAUCACUCGGAGCACACGGUCCCUUUCCGCCCACUGCAAAUGCCAAUGCUUUAGCAGGGUGGAUGGCAAAUGCUGCUGCUUCUUCGUCUGUCCAGGCAGGUGUUGUUUCUACAUCAUCUUUAGGCGGUCCACCAAAUCAAGUAUCCUUCUUAAAACGUCCCGCUACACCCCUUGCCCCUCUUGGUAUGGCAGAGUAUCAGAGUGCUGAUCAUGAACAAUUAAUGAAACGUUUGAGGCCUGCACAGCCUGUUGAAGAGCAUUUUGGUGCACCUCUACAGGUUAAUUAUCAAACUGCCCGUCAGCAAGUGUCAUGGUCCGUGGAGGACUUGCCAAGAACCGUAGCUUUCAGCAUGCAUCAAGGAUCCACUGUCACAAGCAUGGACUUUCAUCCUUCUCAUCAAACAUUAUUACUUGUUGGAUCUAGCAAUGGUGAAGUCACACUUUGGGAAGCUGGAUCCCGUGAGAAACUGAUAUCAAAACCGUUCAAGAUAUGGGAUAUGUCAACUUGCUCUUUGUCCUUCCAGGCUUCGUUUGUCAAGGAUGCACCCAUAACUGUGAACCGUGUUAGGUGGAGUCCAGAUGGAAAUAUUAUUGGUGUUGCUUUUAAUAAGCAUCUUAUCCAUUUGUAUGCUUAUGGUGCACCGAACGAUUUGCGCCAGCAGUUAGAGAUUGAUGCUCAUUCCGGAGCAGUGAAUGACUUAGCCUUUGCUAAUCCAAACAAACAGCUGUGUGUGGUGACCUGCGGGGAUGAUAAAUUAAUAAAGGUGUGGGAUUUAACCGGACGGAAGCUAUUUAAUUUUGAAGGACAUGAAGCACCUGUUUAUUCUGUAUGCCCCCAUCAGAAAGAGAACAUUCAGUUCAUAUUUUCAACUGCCAUUGAUGGUAAGAUAAAGGCUUGGCUCUAUGACAAUAUGGGAUCUAGAGUGGACUACGCUGCACCUGGUCAUGGCUGCACCACUAUGCUAUACAGUGCUGAUGGUAGUCGAUUAUUUUCUUGUGGAACUAGUAAAGAAGGGGACUCUUUUCUUGUUGAAUGGAAUGAAAGUGAAGGAGCACUUAAGAAGACUUAUUCCGGCUUCAGAAAGAAAUCCAGUGGAGUUGCACAAUUUGACACCACUCAGAACCACUUUUUAGCUGUCGGUGAGGAAAACCAAAUAAAGUUCUGGGACAUGGACAGUACCAGUAUUCUCACUAGUACAGAUGCCGAUGGAGGACUCCCGAUGUUUCCACGUCUGAGAUUCAACAAAGAUGGAAAUCUUCUUGCUGUUGCUACUGCUGACAAUGGGAUCAAGAUUCUUGCCAGCACUGCAGGUCUAAGGUCUUUAAGAGCAGUUGAACCCUCAUCUUUUGAAGCGUCAAAAUCUCCGGUUGAACCAACUGCACUUAAGAUGCAGAUGGGUAGCUCUUCUGCUAUUGCAAAUGCUAGUUCAGUUAAUUGUAAGGUGGAAAAAAGCUCUCCUGUCAGACCUUCAAACUUUCUUAAUGGUGUUGACUCUGUGGGUCAAAGCAUGGAAAAACCAAGGAAUAUGGAUGAAAUAACUGAUAAGGUGAAACCCGGGCAGCUGACCGAGAUAUUAGAUGCUGCCCAGUGCCGGCUGGUUACCAUGCCAGACAGUGCAGAAGCCUCCAACCGGGUCGCUCGACUUCUUUAUACGAAUUCUGGAGUUGGGAUUGUAGCCCUUGGAUCAAAUGGUAUUCAAAGGCUGUGGAAGUGGGCCCGCAAUGAACAAAAUCCAUCUGGAAAAGCCACUGCCAAUGUUACUCCACAGCAUUGGCAACCAAACAGUGGUCUUCUUAUGACUAAUGAUGUGACAGGUGUCAACCUUGAAGAAGCAUUUCCUUGCAUAGCAUUGUCAAAGAAUGAUUCGUAUGUGAUGUCUGCUUCAGGUGGAAAGAUUUCAUUGUUUAACAUGAUGACCUUCAAGGUUAUGACAACAUUCAUGCCACCUCCCCCUGCUUCAACCUUUUUAGCAUUUCAUCCUCAAGAUAACAACAUUAUAGCUAUUGGUAUGGAGGAUUCAACGAUUCACAUAUAUAAUGUUAGGGUGGAUGAGGUGAAAUCAAAGCUGAGAGGUCAUCAAAAGAGGAUAACUGGCCUUGCUUUUUCUACCCUUUUGAAAAUAUUGGUUUCUUCAGCUGCUGAUGCUCAUAUAUGUUUUUGGAGCAUUGAUUCAUGGGAGAAGAGGAAAAUGGUACAGAUACAACUACCACCUGGUAAGGCACCUACAGGUGACACUCGAGUGCAGUUUCACUCUGAUCAAACACGCUUGCUAGUGUCACAUGAAACACAGUUGGCACUAUAUGAUGCCUCCAAGAUGGAACACAUACGACAGUGGGUCCCUCAAGACAACCUUUCAGCGCCUAUAUCAUAUGCAUCAUAUUCGUGCAACAGUCAACUCGUUUAUGCUUCCUUUUGCAAUGGCAACAUUGGUGUGUUUGACGCAGACAGCUUAAAACUGAGAUGCCGAAUUGCCCCUUCUGUAUACUUACAACCAUCAGUUUCAAAUGGAAAUCAAGCCCCAUACCCACUUGUGGUGGCAACACAUCCACAGGAGCAGAACCAAUUUGCAGUUGGAUUGAGUGACGGAUCCGUCAAGGUAAUAGAACCUUCAGAAAGUGAAGGGAAAUGGGGCGUAAAUCCACCUGUUGAGAGCUGAAUUCAGAAUGGCAUUCUGCACAAGUACUAACGCUCCUGUGCUGUUCUAUGCCGAGUAGAAUACAAUAUAGGUUUUUAUUUUCUCUUUGUGCAUCCUUCUUAUUGAAGAUAAGAUUGGUUUGUUUGUGUUAUUGGUAGCGGUUGAUGGACAUAUGCAUCUAUUCAUUAGUUAAAAGCAUAUUGUGCAACCGUGUAGUUCGUUUAUUGUGAGUGCAAAUUUUAGUCUGUUUUAGUCA